AUGAGCGGGACAGACAACCACCCCAACAAGCAGGCUUCGGCCAAGGCGCCGUCCAAGACCGUCCUCAACUUGGGCAACUUGCCUCCCAAGAUGAAGGCGUCGGAGCUCAAGACAGCUGCUGCUUCUUACCCCCGUACGCCCUCGCGCGUCAACCCUAACCAGCCGCCAUGGCCCGCGUACCGUGGAUACCACGAGUACUCUUUCGCUCACGCUACUAUGGGUGUCCGUCUCCCUACCAUCCUCGGCAAGGCCAUCGACGAUGUCUGGAAGACGCUCAACCAGGAGACCGAGGAGGAGCGCAUUGUCGACCUCAUCAACUGUAUCCACCGUCUCGAGGACCUCAUGGGCGAUCUCCAGGGCAACAGCAAGCUGCGCCCGAUCGUCGACGACGGUGCCGGAGACAUCGCGCUCUGGAAUAAGGAGAUUGCCAAGUUCUUCCGCGGAAAGGACUUUAUGAAUGCUCCGUGGUUGUUCGCCGAGGCGUACAAGUACCGCAGGCUGAGGGAGUGCUUCUCGCUUUCCAAGUACUGGGUCGAUUACGACGUCUUCUUCAGGCAGAAGUGCGACACCUUCUCCCGGUCCAACCAGGCCGUCUUCGAGCUGUCUCAGCGAUUCUCGCAACCUCAUGACCUCCUUGCGAGCCUGGGUCCCGAGGAGAAGAAGGAGAAGCUCAAGCUGGUCUUCCACGAGUUGACCCAGGUCUGUCUCUGGGGUAACUCCACCGAUCUGUCGCUCCUCAUCGAUAUGACCGAGGAGGACAUCCGGAAGCUCCAGUCGACCGGUGGUGACCACCUCGCCGCGACCGAGAAGAACAUUCUCGGAAACGACCUCCGUGCUCUUGCCGACUACGUUACCGACAUCAAGGGUGGCCGGAUUGACUUUGUCCUCGACAACGCCGGUUUCGAGCUGUACUGCGAUCUCGUCUACGCCGACUGGCUCAUCCAGUCCGGUAUCUGUUCCGAGGUCAUCUUCCACGGGAAGAAGAUCCCCUGGUUCGUCUCGGACGUCACCAAGUUUGACUGGAACUGGCUGCUCAACUCUUGUGUCUACGGCCAGCUCUUCCCCGACGCGUCGGACGCUGAGAUCGACUCGCUCCGGACCCUCGGUAACCGGUGGAAGCAGUACGAGAAGGAGGGGAAGUGGAAGUACGAGGCGCACCCCUUCUGGUGCACUGGUUACACCUUCUGGGACCUCCACUCGGAGGCACCGGAUCUCUUCCAGCACCUUUCCGACUCGGACCUCGUCAUCUUCAAGGGUGACUUGAACCACCGUAAAUUGACAUACGAUUGCCACGCCCCCAUGGACACCAAGUUCCCCAUGGCUAUCGGUCCCCUCGCUUCCGAGGCUGGCGCACCCCCAGUGUGCUCCCUCCGAACCAUCAAGUCGGACGUUGUCGUCGGUAUCCCCAGCGGUGUCGGAGAGAAGCUGGACGAGGAGGAGCCAGGAUGGAAGAUUUCGGGCAAAUACGCCGUCGUCCUUCUUUCGCCCGGUCGUCCCGGAGAGGCUCCUCAGUUCGCUUAA